UACUACCGGGUCACCUGAUCCGACUUCCUGUUUGCUGGGACUGUGGCGAACGUUCGGCACGGCGUGGUCUUGAGAGAUUUUCGUCCUUUCAAAGACAAGUAUUCUCGGUCUUUGUGCAAGGCUGGUGUUCAAAUCUGUCCAGAAAUUGCGCCAGAUCUCUUAGGAUGGCAUCAACAAGCAACGUACAGAGUAUGGAUGACGUCAUGAGAGAGACAAAGAAGGGUUCUCAUGUAAGUUCUGACAAUAGAGAGAAAUACUACCGUUGUGAAGAGUGCAGCAAGCAGUUCAGUAAGCUGAGUAAUCUUAAGAGACACAUGGGGACUCACAGAGGGGAGAAACCCUACAGGUGUGAGGAGUGCAGCAGGCAAUUCAGUCAGCUGGGUAAUCUGAAGAAUCACAUUUGGACCCACACGGGUGAGAAACCCUACAGGUGUGUGGAGUGCAGCAGGCAGUUCAGUCAGCUGGGUCAUCUGAAACGUCACAUGCGGACUCACACAGGAGAGAAGCCCUACAGGUGUGAGGAGUGCAGUAAGCAAUUUAUUCAGCUGGGUGAACUGAAGAAACACAUACGGACUCACACAGGGGAGAAACCCUACAAGUGUGAGGUGUGCAACAGACAGUUUAGUCACCUGGAUGCUCUGAAGACUCACAUGCGGACUCACACAGGGGAGAAGCCUUUCAGGUGUGAGGAGUGCAGCAUACAGUUUAGUCGGCUGGGUAAUCUGAAAAGACACAUGCGGACUCACACAAGGGAGAAACCCUACAAGUGUGAGGAGUGCAGCAGGCAGUUCAGUGAGCUGGGUACUCUUAAAAAACACAUGCGGACUCACACAGGGGAGAAACCCUUCACGUGUGAGGAGUGCAGCAGGCAGUUCAGUGAGCUGAGUAAUCUAAAACGCCACAUGCAGACUCACACUAAGAAAAACUCCUACUAGUGGGAUGCACUAUAAACAGUGCAGUGAACUCGGUAGUCUUAGAAAGCACACUCAGACUCAUCAAUAAGAAAGCCCAUGAGUGUGAAAGUGCUGGAGAGAUGUUAGUCAUGUAGCAACGUUUAUGAAGGAUUGUCUGCAAAAACAUUGCCAAUUUGUGGAUUUAUUUUGUUUAGUAGAAGUGGUUUGAACAUUGUAUAGCUAAGUAUUUGAUUACCAUCUAUGUGUAUUCUUGAUUGACUUUUGUUAUAAUUCUCUUGGUAAGAACGGUACAUUUUUUAUUACUUUUAUUUUAUUUGCUUGUUGAUUUCUUAUCUUAGAUUUGCUAGAUUCCCAACCUUAGACAUAUAUAUCAAAGUAGCUAUAGACUUUUGCAUGAAACGUUGUUCAUGUUAUGUAUUGUAUAUGUCCUUUUGUAACAUGUCAAGUUUUCCAUUUAUAUUAGAGCUGAAUAAAAUCUCAAAUCACAGAUCUUGUUAUACAUGUUGGGCUUGUAGUUAAGGUAUAACAGUAGAACUGGUGGAAAUAGUUGUUUUGUUAAGCAAGUCUUCUUUUGCUGUACAGAAGUGACGUUUACCACCACGUAUAAUUAAAAUGAUGAUGAUUAUACUACUGUUUUACAUAUACUGUAGUGUUAGUGUUAUCAUGUUUCAGUUGUAGUCUCCCUAGGUCAGGUAGGUAGAUGUGCCUUUGCCUUCCAUCGUUAGUUGCAACAAAGAGGAUGCAGUUAUAAUAUUUUCUGUCCAUGUAGCAGAUACGUUUGGUUUAACUGCAUGCCACAGAAGUAUUGAAAUCAUGUAAGAGCAAUGGAUCAAUAAAAAUGUAAUUGUAUAGCAGUUCAUAUCAACCCAAUGAUAGGAGAUCAGUUUUAUAUUUUGUAGGAAUAUUACAGACAAUUUUUUAGUUCUUGGAAAGUCACAUAGAAGCUUUAUCGUUGGUUUUAUUGUUAUCUUACAUUUGUUAACAGUUUUCUUCUAUAAAGUUCUUUGGUACACAUU